CUGAAUGCGCAUGCGUAUAGAGCGGCGGCCGAAAGUGAAGAGUUGCGGGGCUACAUCAGUCCCUGUACAGAGCAGCAGCCUUAAGGUGUAGUUAGAAGAAGGUGCAGACGCGACCAUGUCCAUAUUCACACCCACUAACCAAAUCCGCCUGACCAAUGUGGCCGUGGUGCGCAUGAAGAAGGGAGGGAAGAGAUUUGAAAUCGCCUGCUAUAAGAACAAGGUUAUGGGCUGGAGGAGCGGAGUGGAUAAAGAUAUUGAUGAAGUCUUACAGACUCACUCUGUAUUCAUGAAUGUGUCUAAAGGGCAGGUUGCUAAGAAAGAGGAUCUUCUCAAAGCAUUUGGGACAGAGGAUCAAACAGAAAUCUGCAAGCAGAUUUUGUCAAAGGGAGAGUUGCAGGUCUCUGAAAAGGAGCGGAGUACCCAGCUAGAACAAAUGUUCCGGGAUAUUGCGACCAUUGUAGCAGAAAAGUGUGUAAAUCCAGAGACCAAGAGGCCAUACACGGUCAACCUGAUUGAGAGAGCUAUGAAAGACAUCCACUACUCGGUCAAAGCAACCAAGAGCACUAAACAACAAGCACUGGAAGUCAUAAAGCAACUUAAAGAAUCCAUGCAGAUCGAACGAGCUCAUAUGAGGCUGCGUUUUAUCCUACCUGCCAAGGAUGGGAAGAGGUUAAAAGAAAAGUUGAAGCCACUGAUGAAGCACAUAGAAAGUGAAGACUUUGACCAAGAGCUGGAGAUUGUAUGUUUGACUGAUCCUGGCUGCUUCAGAGAAAUUGAUGAGCUGAUACGUUGUGAAACGAAAGGGAAAGGCACCCUGGAAGUUCUCAGUCUGAAAGAUGUUGAAGAAGGAGAUGAGAAGCUGGAAUAAGAACACUGACAUAAAGAUCUGCCCCAUGAGACUGGUUUUGUAGUAAGACUGGUUUAAACCCUUCUUCAGCUAACAGCCUUUGUAUUCACGACCACUAACCUUUG